ACCAUCCGGUCGGGAGGGGGCGCGGUCAGGCCUUUCCAGUCGACCGCUCGGAAGAGGACCAGUCACAGCGGACAACAGGCACCAGAAAGGAGGAAGAUCCGGUGGACGAGAGGUCCAUCAGACUGGAGAACUGGAAGAGGACUCUGGAGAUGAGUAUUCGGUGCUCCACACCCAUCAACCCCGAGGCGUUGCAGGAGAAAUAUGAAGAUGUGUUCUCCGAUCAGCUGGGGGAGAUCAGAGGCAUCGAAGCUGACAUCGAGCUGGACGACAAUGCCAGACCACGGUUCUUCCGGAGCCGGCCGGUACCGUUUCCACUGAGGGAGAAGGUGAACCAGGAGCUCGACAGGCAGCUGGAGGAAGGAGCACGUGGACAACCUCGAACAACUGCUCAGUCGCCUUCAGCAGUACGGUGUGCGGCUGCGCCGCGAGAAGUGCCGCUUCUUCCAGAGGUCUGUGGAGUUUUUGGGAUACACUCACCACCGAGGGAGUGCGACCGAGCGAAAAGAAGCCCAGGUGGCGUCUGCCACCGCCAAGGAUCCGGUGCUCAGCGUGGUGCUCGGCUGGGCUCGAACCGGCGCCUGGCCCGGGCACGCGAACGACAGCCGGUUGAAGCCGUACCUGCAGCGGAGAGAGCAGCUCACCGUAAUCGACGGCUGCGUACAGCUCGGUGAGAAGGUAGUCAUACCUGACAGAUAUAGAGCUCAGCUACUGAAGGAGCUUCAUGAAGGCCAUGUUGGCAUUCAUAAGAUGAAGUCACUGGCUAGGGUGUUCCUCUGGUGGCCAGGGCUAGAUGCAGAUAUUGAAAAAGUAUGCCGUUCGUGUCCGUCCUGUGUCGAGAACGCGAACAUGCCCAAACCAGAGAAUGUACACCCGUGGAAAUACCCAGUUCAGCCUUGGGACAGAGUCCACAUUGAUUUUGCCACUUUUGAAGGAAAAACCUACCUUUUGCUCGUUGAUGCUUACUCAAAAUGGCCAGAAGUGCGAUACAUGUCUAGCACAACGGCUACUAAGACCAUCGAAGUGUUGACGGACAUUUUUGCAACGCAUGGUUUUCCGGUGACGUUGGUGUCAGAUAAUGGCCCGCCGUUUACCUCUGGAGAGUUUCAGAGCUACCUGGCAGCGCGAGAUAUUCAUCACCGUCUGACACCGCCGUACCACCCAGCGCCAAACGGGCAGGCGGAGUCUCUGGUACGUACAGUCCACAGCAGAAGUAAUAUGGGGUUUCAGUCAUUGGUAUGUUCUGCUUCUGAAGCUUAGGAACGAUUAGCCAGACUACAAUGAAACUUUGAAUGAAGCUUAUAUGUAUCGUCACCCUUGCAGCUGCAAUUUUAGCUAUUGACAUCUUCUUUUCGAUCACUCCGCAUUAAACAAUCGCCAGUCAAAGCCAACCGUUGAGAUUGGUAAAACCCUACAUUACUUUAGCGGUGGGCUGUACCUUCAAAGCUUUCCUCAAGAGGUAUGCAGGACCCAGAACCACAGCAGUAGCACAAUUUCUGGCAAAAUACAGAACGACUCCAUGCGUCACAACAGCCCGGGCACCCGCCGAAUUGCUUUUUGGGAGACUGCCUCGGACAAAGCUCUCGCUCCUCAAGCCCAGUGUUGCAGCGCGGAUGCGACAUGAGCCUGUCGACACUGUCUCACGAUCAUUUCUUGCAGGUCAACCUGUCUUGGUUCGAGAUCUGCGGCCAGCAGCGACCGAGAAAUGGCAGCGCGCUGUCGUCGUCGCCAUUGGAGGCCCACUGACGUACAGCGUGCGGCUGCCGGACAGUCGCAUACGUCUCGCCCACGUGGAUCAUCUGCUGGCCGACGGCUCUGCUUCUGUGACGGCUGAGCGUGGGCCCCUCGAUGCGCGGGUGACGGUGCCGCCUCCGACGGAGCCGGGAAAGCUUCGCGGUCCAGCAGUGCCAUGUGUGAUGGACGCUAGGGGGCGUUUUCCGUAUAUCAGUGAUUAUAAUAAGCGAGCAACAUGCGAGGGCAAUCGUGGCGCGCGUGCAUCAGAGCCGGUAGAAGCGGCGCCGGCCUUGCGGCGCUCUGCUCGGCUGGCUAAAAAAAAACUUGUUAAAGGGCGAGGAGUGCUGUGAGCGCCGUCUAUUUGCUGCAUGUGCUGGUCGUGUGACCGCUCGUGUGACCGCUCGUGUGACCGCCCGAUUCGUGCGGCUGGGCCGCCGCUCGGCGCAGCUGACCGACCGACUGCCUGGGGGCGGGGUCGAAGGUCGGGGAGCUGCGCGGUCGAGACGAACCGCCGCUGACCGACUGAUGGUCACUCUCUGACCGGCCGUGAUCCAAUACAGUCCGUCUGAUGAA